AUGAAGAACCUGGCGGUACCAAGCGCUCCCGCUCAAGCAGGCAACUCUUCGCUGGAAACCUUUACGACGCUGCAGAAGGAGAGCUGUCAUAGGCUGGAAUAUCUCGUUGAGCGACAAAAACAGCUCUGUCUACUCUCUGAUAGAGUGUUACAGGUGCUGCAGACGGGCGCGGGGCAAGCGGUAGAGGAAUGUCAGCAUCAGUUCCGCCACAGCCGGUGGAAUUGUAGUACCGUUGCUAAUUCCACUGAUAUCUUUGGAGGAGUACUUAAAUUUAAAUCUCGUGAGUCAGCAUUCGUACAUGCUCUCUCAUCAGCGGCGCUGGCUCAUGCGGUGGCGCGUGCCUGCAGCCGUGGCGAACUUAACGAGUGCUCGUGUGAUGCUAGGGUUAGGAAGAGGACGCCCCGGCACUGGCAAUGGGGAGGCUGUUCUGAGGAUAUAAGAUACGGUGAGAUGUUCAGCCGAGACUUCGUCGACGCCAAAGAAGAUAAAGAUACUGACGUGGGUCUCAUGAAUCUCCACAACAAUGAAGCGGGACGAAGGGCGGUGCGCAGUCGCAUGCAGCGCGUGUGCAAGUGUCACGGCAUGUCGGGCUCGUGCUCGGUGCGAGUUUGUUGGCGACGUCUGCCGCAGCUGCGACUGGUCGGCGACGCGCUUGCGACGCGUUACGAGGGCGCAUCACAUGUCAAGGUGGUGGAGCGAAAACGUGGUAAGAACAUUCGGAAGCUGAGACCAUUACACGCGGAUAUGAAGAAACCAAACAAAACUGAUUUGGUCUAUCUCGAAGAAUCUCCUGACUACUGCGAACCUAACGAUGAAUUAGGUAUCCUCGGUACUCGAGGUCGGACUUGCAACAGAACAUCAGCAGGUCUCGACGGCUGCCGCCUGCUGUGUUGCGGCCGCGGCUACCAGACCCGAGUGCGCGACCACGAGGAGAAGUGCCGCUGCCGGUUCGUGUGGUGCUGUCGAGUACAUUGCGAGAUUUGUCGGUACAAACGAGAUCAUCAUGUCUGCAACUAGAACUUGCCCGUCAAUGUAUAACGUUGUUUUACUAGAGUCGUGUUUUAUACCAGUUCCGUGGUACACCUGAAUCUCGACAAAUCAAGACUAAUAUAAUUUAAUCAAUGCGUUAGGAAGCUCUACUUAAACUUCGACUCUUUAGCAAACUUUUAAUAUUAAUCUUUUGUACAUACAUAUACGUAUGCAUAAGGUUUGUGUAAAUUUGAUCAAAUAUUUGAGGCUACGUAGUAUGUUGUAUUCGACCUUUAGAAAAACUCCUAGACAUUUAUGGCUUUAAUCGUUAGUUAGUUUCUUCUUAGAUCUCUUCUAUAGAUUCUUUGCAGU